UCACACGUUGCCAGAGGAGAAGAAUGCUGCUGCAACUAGCUAACGUCUGUUUGGUGAAUUCUGAAAACGCACAUAAGCUAUGUCGUUAGGUUAGCUAAUCAACGUAACUACUUCCUUUGCUAACAGUAUACACAGGUUAGAUAGCAAGCAAAUAGUUUAGCUAAAAAAAAUACUCAUAACCAGAGCCAUCUAUGUAUCUUAAUAAAUGGCUGUGCUGAUAACACCCAUGGAAUUAUAAUGAGUUAGCGUUAUCUAGCUCAAAUUUGAGCUUGAAAACAUAGCAGUUAGCUACAUGCAUGUCUCCAUUUUGAUGCUGUAGCUAGAUUCGACACUAAGCCAUGGAGAGUUCUAUGAAGAAAGCUGUUGUGGAACGGAGGUCGAGGCUUCUGUAUCUGUCCAUGAGGCGUAGAGAGAAGAUUAGAAAAGCCAUCAUGGAUAAACGGAUGGAAAUCCAACGGCAUAUCAGACAUAGAAUGUAUAUCCUCAACAAAAUGAAGAGGCUUGCACAUACAUUUCAGCCACCACCAAGCUCACCUUCAAGACCAUCCUCCCCCUCAAGACCCUCACCCAUGAGACAUUACUCACCUGCAGAGCCUAAAUCAGACUGGUGGGAGAGGGUUGUGACUAAGGAGUUCCAUCCUCAAGACUGGCUCACCACAUUCCAUCUGACCAAGGACACAUUUGACCAACUCUGUGACCAGCUCAGACCGGAAGUAAAAGAUCCUACCUGUCAUGUCUCUCUGGAGAAACGCGUGGCAAUGGUUAUAUUACGGUUGGCCACCAACUUGGACUAUCUCUCUAUUGGUGACCUACUUGGCACGAGCAGCACCACAGUAAUCAAAUGUGUACGAGACGUAUGCAAUAUCAUUGUGACAGUGCUGAAGCCACUCUUCAUUCAUCAGCCAAGUGAACAGGAGCUGGAGGAAAUUGCUGCUGCGUUCAACACACAGUGGGGUUUCCCUCAUUGUGUGGGUGUCAUUGAUUCCCUUCACAUUUCUGUGAAAUCUCAAAGCCAAACCAGUGAUGGCUGGAACAGCAAAGGAUGGCCCUCCACAGUGGUGCAGGGAGUUGUGAAUGGACAUGGUCACUUCUGGGACAUCCGUGUAGGCUUUUCAGGCAGCACUGAUGAUGCAACCAUACUGCAGGGCUCUGAACUAUGGAUGUUGGCGAGAGAAGGGGGACUGUCACCGAAGCCACCUCACAAACUCAUGGGCCAACCUCUUGGCUUUGUGCUGUUGGGUGAUGCAGCCUUCCCUUUGCAGACCUGGCUGCUCAAAUGUUAUCCAGAGUCACCUCAACUAACACCUCAGCAACGUGCAUUUAAUACUCAGCUAAGCCAUGCACGGACCCCUAUUGAGGGUACCUUUCGUCGCCUAAAAGCCCGCUGGCAGUGCUUAAAGCGCAACAACAGCAAUGCUGCCCUGAUCCCUGUGAUGACUCAGGCAUGCUGCAUUCUACAUAAUAUGUGUGAGAUGAAUAAUGAUCCCUUUAUGGAGAAGUGGCUUGAAGAGUCGAGCCAAAGCCUUUCCCAGCCGUGUGACCUAGCUCCUGCAUGUCUGGAUGACUCCAAUGGCGAGGCAGUGAGGUCUUUGCUAUGUGAUUACCUUCAUCAGCUACCAGAAUCACAGAAGCAGGGCAGUACACAUACAGCGCCACCUGACCUGGUAGACUCUCGCCCAGUCACACUCUCUGAGUGUGCUGAAGCAGUCAACAUAUUAACUACACUAGACUGACAAUGUUGAUCUGUUACAUCUGUAAUCCUACUUUUCAAAUGCAUUGAGAAGUGAUGUAUGUAUAUUAUGGACAGUAUGUGCAUGUCUGCCAUGAAGCAUCCAUAUCUAUUUUUAAAAAAAAAUAUAAAAUAUGGUUACUUGUUGUUUCCUAACUGACUCAAAGCCCAGAAAUGUGAAAACGUUUCUAUAAAACUGACCCCUGAAGUAUGACUUGAACAGCAUUGAUUGACAAAGACAAUAUUUACAUGAAACAAUUUAAUACAGUCAACCUACAAAAAUGUAUAGAAAAAGCUGUUGGUCUAGAUGCAUAUGGAGAGGAAUGAUCCAUGAGGUUGUGGAGUCAGUUACUCAGUGGCUUGCUGCAUGAUCACCGAACACAUACUCAGCAUCUGCAGGUACUCAUCUGCACCAUCCACUAAACACUUGUCGACCACCUGAAAAAUGAGACAAAUCAAUAAGUCACUACUACUGUAAAAUAAGAUUAACAUCAAUGUGGCAGUUAUGCCAUUUUGAAAAACCUACUGCCAUCUUUUCCGUGAUGGCAGACUUCUGCUUGUCAUUCAGCUCUUCCUCUAUGAUGGCUUCGUGUAGCUGGUUGAUGAUCUGUGUGGCAGCAUAGCCCUCAUCUACCAUGUUCUGUAAGUGGCAGAAUGGCCGGGUGAUUAGUCUGACAGAAAGCUGCUACAUUAAGUGUCAUGCAGUUAGAUUUUUGAUCCCUAUGUAAUGAAGCUGCAAUAAAAAGUGAAUGUGCAUACCCGAA